CUGCCUUAUCUUGCAUCACAAAAACGAGUUAAAUACGUGUCAAUGUCAAGGACUUCUCCUGAUGGCAAACGACUCUGAAAGCACAUAAGAAGGAGCUUGACCCCAGAAAUCUCUGUGUCUCGUCUUCAUCAGGCACUGUUCUGACAAAAGUAUCCAGAGAAUGUUCGUCCCAUCAAAUGCUUCACACACGCAAUGUGACAGCUGACCUACAGUACCAUGCAGUCUUCUCUGCUCCUUUCUGCGACGUUCCUGGCAAGCCAUUUGCCGCAUGUGGCUGGCCAAUGGGCCUUCAAGGGCCAGAUUUGCUGGCUGCAGAUCAAAGAUGAAUUUCUGCACCCUAAACAUCCGAAGCCAACUCAAUGUCCUCUCACUAUGAAAUGUGGAAACACUCCAACCACUAUUCCUGCAACCGAUUCAUUUAAUCGCCUUCCUGGCACUUGUGUUUAUAUUCUCAACUGGUCUCGGGAGUCUGGCCUGCAGUGUGCUCCGUCGUUCUUUACGAGUACGACGGACCACAACAAAGGUAUCUUAUGUUUCAUGGGUUCCACUACCGACCCCGCCGGAUAUUACGGUUACCAGAAUCUCGCCACCUAUAUGAAACAAGGCUUCUGGACGCCUGACACGUCUCGAUUCCCAGACAAGAGUUGCGUUGUGACCUUCUGGAAUAAGGCCAUUCACUAUGACCAAGAUCUUAUUACUUAUGAAUGGCAGACUGAAAAGUGCCAGCCCAUUUAAUGAGCGAAGCCUGCUUGAGGCGGCACAAUCAUCGUUAGCACUAUGAUCAAUCAAUAGAAACCCAC